CCGAAUUUGUUGAUAAUCUUGAUUAUAAAAAUAUUUUUUCUGAUAUAAAUUUUGUUAAGAUAAUGAAUGAAUUCAGUUAUCGUAUAUUCAUUUCGACGUGUUUUAAAAACAAUAGAAACUCCUCGGAUGAUAAAGCAACCAGCUUUCCCUCCUCUGGAGUUUCCGAGUCCCACCGAUAAAACCACUCAGCAAAGGGUUUUCCAAAAUUACUUCACUUGUAUAACAGCUAAAUAGUGGUUAGUUUCAAAUUGACAGUUAACACCCGGAAGUGUGGGCAGAUCACCUGAAUAUUGCUUGGUCUUAUUUCGUCGAUCCGAUCCAGGAGGAUACGAGUAAAUAUGGAAGGAACAGCCAAAGAUUACGAUAUAUUGUGUGGGAUUAGUCACCAUCCUUACGUGCAAUCAGCUUUAGAUUCGCACUUUCCCAACAUGGAAUGGUCCGACGAAGACGUUAUUUUAGAUAUUGGGUGCGGUCCGGGUAAAAUCACCAAAAAUAUUCUCUUACCAAAUUGCCCAAAAUUAAAGAAAAUCGUUGCCAUCGACAUAGAUCCUAAUUACAUCGAGUAUGCAAGAAAGACUUAUUUUCACGAGAAAAUUGAAUUUAGGAAACAGAAUAUCUUGGAAAAACCGGACCCCGAAGAAGUCGGAAAAUACGAUAAAGUUGUAUCCUUCCACGCGUUUCAUCUUAUACCCGAUUACGAAAAACUGUUUAAUGUUAUAUCUACGCUUUUGAAGCCCGGAGGUCACUUCUUUUUCAUUAUAGUUCCAAACUUUCGAAUAUUCUCGAUAAUUCGUGAUUUAAGUACCGAUAAAGAAUGGACAAAACACAUAAAGGCCGAAGACUUGCUUGCCUUGUUGCCACCGACUGUAUAUUGGGAGGACGUAGAAACUGAAUUUAAAAAUUUCGUUUCCAAGUUUGAUUUACGAGUGACAAAUAUUAAGUGCCAUACUUUAAAGGCGUCAUAUCCUAACAAGAAACAUUUUCUGGAUAUAAGUUUAGCGCUGUUUCCUAGAACAAUCUUCGAAAACUUGGAACCAGAGGUCAAAGAUUACCUUUGGAAACAGGCGCAACCCAUAGUUUUCAAAUAUUGUUCGCAAGAAGAAAAUGGCGAAAUUGCCGUCUCAUAUGAAGCUUUACAAGUCUCGGGAACAAAGAAAACAUAAUUACAUUCACGAUUUCUACUUCUUUAGAAUGGGUUCAGUGAUAGGAAAUAUAAAAAAUGAAUCACUAAAGCAAAACAGAUGGAAGAAGAUUAUUUUUUUGUAAUUAACAGUAAUAAAACUUUAACAUUGUUUUUUUA